AUGGGUAAAAAAGUAAAGAAGGAAGUAGAGCCUCCACCCAAGGAUGUGUUUGAUCCUUUAUUGAUUGAAAGCAAAACAGCAGCAACGGUUGUGCUAAUGCUUAGUUCUCCUGAAGAGGAAGUUUUGGCCAAAGCAUGUGAUGCUCUGUAUAAAUUUGCAUCAAAAGGUGAUGAAAACAAAGUGACACUUCUUGGUCUUGGAGCUGUGGAACGUCUGUAUAAACUCAUCUCACAUGAAGAUCCUAUUGUACGCAGAAAUGCCAUCAUGGUAUUUGGCAUCAUGGCUUUUAAUCAUGAUGUCAAGAAGUUACUGAGGGAACUGGAUGUCACAAAUUCACUUAUAUCACAGCUGGCACCGGAAGAAGAUGUAGUUAUCCAUGAAUUUGCUACUCUGUGUCUAGCACAUAUGGCUGUUGAAUAUACUACUAAAGUACAAAUAUUUGAGCAAGGUGGAUUAGAACCACUUAUCAGGCUGCUAGGUAGCCCUGAUCCUGAUGUUAAGAAGAAUUCAGUUGAAUGUAUCUACCUCCUGGUGCAGGAUUUUCAAAGCCGUGCUGCAGUUCGUGCACUGAAUGUAAUUCCACCCUUGCUGGAACUACUGAAAUCUGAAUACCCAGUUAUUCAGUUGUUAGCCCUUAAAACCUUAGAAGUAAUUAGCAAAGACAGAGAAACCAGGAUAAUACUGCAAGAAAAUAAAGGAUUAGAUUGUCUUCUGAAUAUACUGGAAACCAAUGAAUUCAGCGAUCUACAUGUGGAAGCUCUUGCCGUGUUGGGAAAUUGUCUGGAAGAUGUGCAUACUCUGCAACUGAUUCAGCGGACAGGAGGCCUUAAAAAGCUACUUUCAUUUGUAGGAGUCUCUACUGUUCCUGAUAUUCAGAAGAAUGCAGCAAAGGCAAUUACCAAAACAGCUUAUGACUCUGAAAACAGAAAAAUCUUAAAUGAGGAAGAGGUUGAGAAGUGUCUCAUAAACCUUUUGGAAAUUGAUAAUGAUGGAGUUAAAGUUGCUGCUUCCCAAGCAAUUUCUGCCAUGUGUGAGAAUUUAGCUAGCAAACGUGCAUUUGGACUCCAGGGGAUUCCCCAGCUAGUACAGUUGCUAAGCAGUGACAAUGAAGAGGUAAAAGAAGCUGCAGUGACAGCAUUAGCUAAUUUGACAGCAGCCAGUCCUACUAAUGCAAGUGCUGUUGCUGAGGCUGAAGGAAUUGAGCCAUUAGUAAAUAUCUUGAAUGCUCAGAGAGAUGGAGCCAUUGCUAAUGCUGCCACAGUGCUAACAAAUCUGGCCAUGCAAGAGCCAUUCCGCGUAAAUAUCCAGAGCCGUGGUAUUAUGAGUGCGCUUGCAGAACCGUUGCGCUCGACCAACAGCCAAGUGCAAAGCAAAGCAGCAUUUGCUGUGGCUGCAUUUGGUUGUGAUGCUGAUGCAAGAACUGAGUUAAGAAAUGCAGGUGGACUGGGACCACUCGUUGAAUUGCUGCAUUCUAAGAAUGAAGAAGUCAGAAGAAAUGUCUGUUGGGCUGUUAUGGUCUGUGCAAGUGAUGAACUAACCGCUGUUGAACUAUGUAGGCUAGGGUGAGUAGAAAUA